AUGCUCCGCUCCACCAAGGGCGCCUCCAAGGCGCGCCGGGACCAGAUCAACGCCCAGAUCCGCGCCCUGCGCGACCUGCUGCCGCUGCCCGACGGCGACCGGCCGCGCCUCUCCUACCUGCACGUCAUGGCGCUCGCCUGCAUCUACACCCGCAAGGGAGCCUGCCUGCGCCCAGGCCCGAGCCGGGGGGCGCCCCUGGAGCUGCUGGGGGGAGCGGAGCUCGCCGACCUGGUGGCCUCGCUGCCCGGCUUCCUGCUGGCCGUGACCCGCGAGGGGAAGCUGGUCGGGGUCACCGACAACGUGGCGCAGCACCUGGGCCACUCCAUGAGCGCCUGUUCCGCUGCCGCUUCACCACCUCGCGCGCCUCGCGCCGCCCCAGCGCCGGCCGCAAGCUGGUGCUGCUGCGGGGGCGCUUCCAGGAGCCCCCCGCGCCCCCCGGCGCCGCCCCCGCGCUCUUCGUGGCCUUCUGCGCCCCCCUGGACCCCCCGCCCUGGCCCUGCCCCGACUGCCUGCUGCUGCCCGCCUUCCAGAGCCGCCACGGCCGCGACCUCGCGCUGCUCGACGUCUCCGACAGCGUCCUGGUGCACCUGGGCUACGGCCGGGCCGAGCUGCUGGGGCGCUCCUGGUACCGCCUGCUGCACCCCGAGGACCUGGGGCACGUGGCCCGCCAGCACCUGCGCCUCGCCGGCGCGGGGCCGGAGGCUCGAGGCGAGGUGGUCACUCGGCUGCAGCGCAAGGACGGCCUGGGCUGGACGUGGGUCUACGCCCGCCUGCGGCCGGAGGGGCCGGCCCUGCUCGCCCACAACUUCGUCAUCAGCGAGGCCGAGGCCUGGUGCCUGCGGCAGCAGCUGGCGGCCGAAGCCCCCCCGGGACCCCCGGAGCCGUUCGGGCCCGGCCUCGACUUCCCCGGCGGCGACCUCGGGCCCGGCCUGGACCUGACCAUGGCGCCCGGCCUGGGCGACGGCGUGGCAGCCAUCGGCCUGGCGGUCAGCGGCCUUGGAGCCGGCGUGGGCCUCGGACACGGCGCUGCGGCCGCCGCUGACCCCAGCCUGGGGCCUGGCCUUGGACACGGC